AAAUGGACUACACAAACACGAUAAACUACGACCUGCACCUCUCCCGUCUGCUAACCCGACAGGGCGCUAACCCGACCCUGACUUUGUUCCCAACCCUGACAUGGUACCCAUGGUUCAAGAACACGUCAAGAUCCUGGUAGUCGGGGCAGGGGGCCUGGGCUGUGAGAUCAUCAAGUGUCUGGCCAUGACUGGCUUCAGGGAUGUCCAUGUUAUUGACAUGGACACUAUUGAUCUGUCCAACUUGAACCGGCAGUUUCUGUUUACUCCGCAAGACAUAGGGAAGCCUAAAGCUGAGGCAGCUGUUAGAGCGGUUAUGGAGAGAAUACCUGGGCUGAAAUACACUGCUCAUUACAAUAAGAUCCAGGACUUUGAUGAUGACUUUUAUCUGAAGUUUAACAUUGUUAUCUGCGGGUUAGACUCUGUUUUCGCACGAAGAUGGAUAAACUCGACCCUAAUGAACAUAGCACUCCAAACAGACAACAUCAUUCCCUUCCUUGACGGAGGAACGGAGGCGUUUAAAGGUCACUGCCGGGUAGUUAUCCCCACUAAAACAGCCUGUAUAGAGUGUAACAUGGACCUGUACCCACCUCAACAGAACUUCCCACUGUGUACUAUAGCUAACACUCCCCGACUCCCCGAACACUGUGUGGAGUACGCUAAGAUUGUGUUGUGGCCGAAGGAGCAGCCGUUUGGGCAGGGUGUGGUGGUGGACGGAGAUAAUCCUGAUCAUAUAACCUGGUUGUAUAAGACGGCUGUUGAUCGGGCCAAGAGCUACAACAUACCCGGAGUCACAUACCGCCUAACGCAAGGAGUAACAAAGCGGAUAAUACCAGCAGUAGCGUCCACCAACGCCACCAUUGCAGCAGCGUGUGUCACUGAGUGCCUCAAGAUUGCAACUUCCUCUUACAACUACCUGGACAACUACAUGAUGUUCAACAAUGUUGACUCUAUCUACACUUUUACUUUUGCGAGCGAACGGAAGGAAAACUGUCUGGCUUGUUCGAGGUGUUCUCAUGAUCUAGCAUUCUUUGAGUCAGAUAAACUCCAGGUGUUUUUAGAUAAGAUUGGGGAAGAGACUGAGUUUAAUUUACAGAAACCAACUUUGACAACCAUCUCCUCGUCUGGAGAAAACAGAACUUUGUACAUGAGCAACCUAGCGUCCAUGGAGGAGGCACUGAGACCAAACUUAGAGAAGACUUUUAAAGAGCUGGAGUUUGAAAGUGGGCAGGAGGUUGUUGUGACUGAUCCUGGAGUCAAAAUGCCGGUUCAUUUUAAACUUCGCCUGACGUAGAACAAUGGGGUUGACUUUACUCUUUACAGGUAAUUAUAUUGGUUAUUGGUCGGGACUCGGGAGUGACUUGCUCCUGAUAUUAAUCUAGUUUGAUUUGUUCUGGAUAUAUAAUGUAAUGGGAUAUUUAACUGUAGGAGUUGUUGGGCUACUUUUGGAUGUUAUAGCAACAAUUAACAGUUGCUGGGCUACUUUUGGGUGUUAUAGCAACAAUUAACAGUUGUUGGGCUACUUUUGGGUGUUAUAGCAACAAUUAACAGUUGCUGGGCUACUUUUGGGUGUUAUAGCAACAAUUAACAGUUGCUGGGCUACUUUUGGGUGUUAUAGCAACAAUUAACAGUUGCUGGGCUACUUUUGGGUGUUAUAGCAACAAUUAACAGUUGCUGGGCUACUUUUGGGUGUUAUAGCAACAAUUAACAGUUGCUGGGCUACUUUUGGGUGUUAUAGCAACAAUUAACAGUUGCUGGGCUACUUUUGGGUGUUAUAGCAACAAUUAACAGUUGCAUUCGGGAUCAAUCUUAAAGGGUGUGUAAUUUAUGUAUUUGUUACAAACUUUAGAAUCUAUUUAAUGAGAUAUUUGAUAAAAUCAAGACAGUUAUCAGUAAUCACCAGUGGUGUAAAGUUACAAUUUAAUUUGUCCCUUUACUUCCGAAAGAAUUGGCGAAUAACCAUAUACAUUUAUGUACCAGAUCGGAUCUUUAAUCUUUAUUCAUAAUUUCAUAAAGAAUAUUAAAAUCCCUGCCCCUCUGAUAAUGUUCCGCAGCAGGGUCUGUGGGGCC